UGUCAGAAGUUGGCAAAGGAAUGGAGGGGAGAAAUUGUGAAUCCGCACCGUAGCUAAAGCCGGAACUGUCUCCCCCGGUCUCCCGGCCUCUGGUUUGUGGUCUCCGCCACCACUUGUUUCCCGCCAGACGGGGUGGAUUCUUGAGUGUGCAUCCACUGAGAGGCAGGGGGGCAGUAGGUUAGAUGUUCCUGGCGGAGGAUGGGAUGCGUCUGCCCGCCUGCGGGCAUUUUAGCAUUCCAAGUCGAUCGAUGUGUCUGUCCGUCAGUCCAGACCACCACCAGCAUCAACGUUUAGACCACACAGGCCCUGUUGCCCUACUCCCAUCACAACUGCCUCCCCUUCCCGCGUCCACUUGGCUCUCCUUCCUCACUGCUGCCUCUGCAACCUAGAACCAUCUUCAGGUAACCGAUCCGAGGCACCGUGGGCGGCCCGGGCUCCUCCUCUUCCAGCUAUCCUUCCGAGAGGGUGUUCUGGGAGACGCCCAGGCCGAUCCCAGGUCACAGGGCAAGCGGGUCCGGGGCUCCAGUGUGGGCCCCUGCCCAGCGGAAUUGAAGGGUCAAGGGACCAGAUCGUUCGGAACCAGGGAACUCAGGGGGUUUGGAAAGGAUGCACUUGCAGGGCGGAAAUGAGUGUGAUGUGGGAAGCCUGGUGCCGCCGCCCCACCCUCUGCGUCUGCCCCAGGGCUGGGGGCUCUGCCACUCCCCUAAAGCCCUUAUGAAGCGACCCGGGAAAAGUGUCUCAGUUUAAAAUGGUGAAUUACUCUUACGAUGAAGAUCUUGAAGAACUCUGUCCCGUGUGUGGAGACAAAGUGUCUGGAUACCAUUAUGGGCUCCUCACCUGUGAAAGCUGCAAGGGGUUUUUUAAGCGAACAGUCCAAAAUAAUAAAAGGUACACAUGUAUAGAAAACCAGAACUGCCAAAUUGAUAAAACACAGAGAAAGCGUUGUCCUUACUGUCGAUUUCAAAAAUGUCUAAGUGUUGGAAUGAAGCUAGAAGCGGUAAGGGCUGACCGAAUGCGCGGGGGAAGGAAUAAAUUUGGGCCAAUGUACAAGAGAGACAGGGCCCUAAAGCAACAGAAAAAAGCCCUCAUCCGAGCCAAUGGACUUAAGCUAGAAGCCAUGUCUCAGGUGAUCCAAGCAAUGCCCUCUGAGCUCACCAUCUCUUCUGCAAUUCAGAACAUCCAUUCUGCCUCCAAAGGCCUACCUCUGAACCACGCUGCCUUGCCUCCCACAGACUAUGACAGAAGUCCCUUUGUAACCUCCCCCAUUAGCAUGACAAUGCCACCUCAUGGCAGCCUGCAAGGUUACCAAACAUACAGUCACUUUCCUAGCCGGGCCAUCAAGUCUGAGUAUCCAGACCCCUACACCAGCUCACCGGAGUCGAUCAUGGGCUAUUCCUAUAUGGAUAGUUACCAGACAAGCUCCCCAGCAAGCAUCCCACAUCUGAUACUGGAACUUCUGAAGUGUGAGCCAGAUGAGCCUCAAGUCCAGGCCAAAAUCAUGGCCUAUUUGCAGCAAGAGCAAGCUAAUCGAAGCAAGCAUGAAAAGCUGAGCACGUUUGGGCUUAUGUGCAAAAUGGCUGAUCAAACCCUCUUCUCCAUUGUUGAGUGGGCCAGGAGUAGUAUCUUCUUCAGAGAACUUAAGGUUGAUGACCAAAUGAAACUGCUUCAGAAUUGCUGGAGUGAGCUCUUAAUUCUCGACCACAUUUACCGACAAGUGGUACACGGAAAGGAAGGAUCAAUCUUCCUGGUUACUGGGCAACAAGUGGACUAUUCCAUAAUAGCAUCACAAGCCGGGGCCACCCUCAACAAUCUCAUGAGUCACGCACAGGAGUUAGUGGCAAAGCUUCGCUCUCUACAGUUCGAUCAACGAGAGUUUGUGUGUCUGAAAUUCUUGGUGCUCUUUAGUUUAGACGUCAAAAACCUUGAGAACUUCCAGCUGGUAGAAGGUGUCCAGGAACAAGUCAAUGCCGCCCUGCUGGACUAUACAAUGUGCAACUACCCGCAGCAAACAGAGAAAUUUGGGCAGCUACUUCUUCGACUACCCGAAAUCCGGGCCAUCAGUAUGCAGGCUGAAGAAUACCUCUACUAUAAGCACCUGAAUGGGGAUGUCCCCUAUAAUAACCUCCUCAUUGAAAUGUUGCAUGCAAAAAGAGCUUAGGUUACAACCCUGAGAAGCUCUGCUUUCAAAACAAAAAGAGAUUGGUGGGGGGAAAAGAAGAACAGAAGUAAAAAAAAAAAAAAAAAAAAAAAAAUACUCUGAACUGCUCCAAGCAACACUAAUUAAAAACUUGGUUUAAAGAUAUUGAAUUUAAAAAGGCAUAAUAAUCAAAUACUUAAUAGCAAAUAAAUGAUGUAUCAGGGUAUUUGUAUUGCAAACUGUGAAUCAAAGGCUUCACAUCCCCAAAGGAUUCCAUGUAAAAGACAUUAUAAUGGAGUGAAUUGAACUCACGGAUGGAUACCAACACCAUAUCAGAAUAAAAACGGACAGAACAAUUCUUGUAUAUUUAAACUGAUCUCCGCUGUGAAGAAAUUGAGGAACUGAUCUGUGUUGUUAAUUAGGCUUAUACAGCAGGGGAUUUGAGCUUACAGAAUUCCUUCAUGCUAAAGCUGAACUAAAACAACUCAAAAACCCAUCAGCUACACCUGUAAUAGCCCUUCCCUCUUCCUUCAAGGACCCAGCACCUUCUAUCCUGUGAUCACGGAAUCUGUCCUUACGGACUUGUGCUCAGCCACACCCACUCAUAGCUCCACCAAAUCAUGAAAAGCAUAAUUUUGAAUGUCUGUGUCAUAGACCUGCAAACAGCUAAUAAGAACAGUCUAUUAAUAUGUUAGCUUGCCAUUUUAAAUAUGUUCGGGUUUGUUUUGUCAUGUGUUCAUAAUGUUAAAAAAAAAAAAAAAGAAGAAGCAGGCAGUAUCCCUCUUCUGAUCUUAUAUAAGCAUUAAUAUUAAGGGAAAGGACUACAAACUUUUAAAGCAAAUGCUCCAUAGCUAAAGCAAGCUAGCCCUUAUUUCUGCUACUGUUACUGAACCGUGGCUUUGGCGUUGUUGGAUUUCGUAACGAUUUCUCACCAAAAGGCUUCUUAGGGUACAUCCGUCUUUUUAACCAUCAAAGUUUGUAGUUCAUUUAAAAAUAAAACCUGAAGCGUAUUUUGCUGGGAUGUCAAAUAGUCACAGUGCUAAGUAGUUUAAAAUAAAACCGAAGCAUGUUAAGCUAUGCAAAAAGAAAGAAAAGGGUUGGCUAAUAAAUGGCCUCAAGUCUCAUGCUUGUUGCAAUUGAACAUCCCCUAAACAUAGAAUGGAAACAGUGAUUUUUACAUGUGGAUGGAAAAGAUGAUAAAGUAAUUCAAAAUCUUCCCCGAAAGGGAAAGGAAGAGGGUGAUGCUGACCUUUCAAAGUCAUAGACCAAAGUCUGCUCUAGAACAAAUAUUGAAGUACAAAGAAUUGCAAAACAAUAUCUCCCAACGACAAUAGCAGUAUUAUUAACGUCUGAUGCCACAGGUAUGGAAGUCUUGCCUUAUUUCACAAUUCCGAGAGGUAGCUGUGCAGACGUGGAUCAACAUUUGUUUAAAAUAAAGUAUUAAUACUUUAAAGUCAAAUAAAAGAUAGUGUUUACAUUCUUUAGGUCCUGUGGGGGGAGGGGAGGGAACUAUGAUAUCACAAACUAGCUAAAGCAGUAAUUUCCUUAAUGUUAUUUUUCUGAUUGGUAAUUACUUUUCACAGUACCUAAUUAUUGUAUGUCGUGAGACACUAAAAUCAAAAACGGGAAUCUCAUUUAGACUUUAAUUUUUUUGAGAUUAUCAGCGGCACAAUCACUUGUAGAAACUGUAAAAAAUAAAUAUCUCCUAGUCCCUUAAUUUUUUCAUAAAUGUUUCAGGCUUUUGAAUAGUUUAUUUAUAUUGUAUAUCAUAGUUUCAACUGUAGACAAUUAUGAUGCUAAUUUAUUGUUCCUUGGUUUCACCUUUGUAUAAGAUAUAGCCAAGACUGAAGAAACCAAAUAUAUGUGUUUACUGUAGCAUGUCUUCAAGUUAGUGGAACAUAGUUCAGGGACAGAAAAGGGUCUUAAUGAAUUAAAAUCAUUCACUUGAUUAAA